ACCACCGCCCUAACACAGCACCUGCUCGGGCGUCUGCCGUGCGCCGCACCCAACCGCUCCUGUCGGUCACAGGCUUCUCUCCUACCUUCGUAACCGAACGAUUAAAUUUCCAUCGUAACUAGAGAUCUUCCAGUCUGUAGAAAUUCACAUUGAUAUGCUCCUCCACAUAGUGAACACAAACGGCAAGUAUGAGGCCGUGAACGUCAUUGUCUGCUAACGUGCAUAUGUGGAGCGUGCAGUCAUCGUGUCCGGUCUUAACCGUCCUCAUAGCCGGAGAUCGCCACCACAAUUGCAGUGCUCGCUCCGUGUGUGAGUCGCUCCGCUGCUAGAGCUCAGCGCUGCAGCAUCUCGUUGUCAUCCCGCACUUCCAGGUAUUGCGCUAUAAUUCAGCCUACCGGACGUGAUAUCUCCCGACUACUCUUCACGCACGCAGUUCGCAGUAAACACGGUUCCAAGUGGUGCCGGGGGUUCGAAGUCGAUCUUCCUGCCAUCACCAUCCCUGGUCAUCAUCACCAUCUCCAAUUUGCCAAGUAUUGAUUGGUGUCCUCACGCAAAACAAGUUCAGAUCAAGUUAGCUUCGAAUUCGAAACUGAUACGUGCUCAUCGAAUAUCGACGCGACAACAAUAUAGGAAUAAUCGAUUAGCUGGCAAAAAUUGAUGUAAAAGAGGCAGCGAGCUUUUGGAAAUGAGGUCAUCUCACAAUUUUGUACAUGAAAUGAUUUCUUGAUAAAAUUUUAACAAGUCUUCAUUCUUCUACGCAACUUCUCGAUAAACUUUCCACCGAAUAGGAUCAUUUUUUAGGGCGUUCAAAAACUCUGUUAAAAAAAAUAUUCAAUAUGCCAAAAGUUCCCGAUUCCAUUCGAAACCUUGUGCUGCCGGGCCUUGGCUUAUCCCUACAAGAAUGUUGGGAAUGGCUGUACAACUUCUUGAGCGAGCAGAGGGUGCAGAGAAAAGUGGUCCUGGUGAUCGUAAGCAUAGCGCUGCUGCUAGACAACAUGCUUUACAUGGUCAUUGUACCUAUCAUACCUGACUACCUGAGGAAACUUGGAGCGUGGACCACUCACUUAGAAGGUGGCGACAAACAAAAGUAUAAUUUCUACAAUGCUCGAAACUAUACAAAUUCUUCAGGAAAUUACCUGGUAAACGAUACGCAGGUGAGAUAUCGAAUGAUCCAUCAGGUGGUCGUUUACGAAGGAGAAGAGGCAGGAAUCGGCUUACUGUUCGCUUCCAAAGCACUCGUGCAGUUGAUGAUUAAUCCUUUCUCGGGAAUGAUUAUCGACAGAGUUGGUUACGACAAACCUCUAACAUUUGGCCUAAUUGUUAUGUUUCUUUCGACUGCAAUUUUUGCAGUAGGGCAAUCUUACGGUUUGCUAUUCUUCGCAAGGGGCCUUCAAGGCGUCGGGUCUGCAUUUGCCGACACUUCGGGGUUGGCCAUGAUAGCCGACACUUACACCGAAGAAGCAGAAAGAACGAAAGCUCUUGGAAUUGCACUGGCCUUUAUUUCAUUUGGUUGUCUCGUGGCGCCGCCGUUUGGAGGCACUCUGUACCAAUUUGCUGGUAAGCAGGUACCAUUCAUCAUUCUGGCAUUCGUUUCCCUUUUUGAUGCCGUCAUGCUGAGAAUCGUGAUGCAGCCUAUAAAAGACCAAAGAAAAGAGAGAGGAGUAGAGCACCAAGUGGGAACUCCAAUUUGGCGACUCUUCAUGGACCCGUACAUUCUUUGCUGUGCUGGUGCUCUGGUGAUGGCUAAUGUUUCUCUUGCGUUCUUAGAGCCAACAAUCAGCGUUUGGAUGAUGGAUACAAUGACUGUAGAAAACUGGCAAAUGGGAAUGAUUUGGUUACCGUCAUUCUUUCCUCAUGUGGCGGGUGUGGUCGUCACAGUAAAACUAGCCAAAAGCCAUCCGAGUUACCAGUGGCUGGUUGCGACCAUUGGUUUAGCAAUGGAAGGAAUCAGUUGCAUUUUCCUCCCGUUCUCUACCAACUACUGGAUGGUAAUGCUUCCAAUUUGCUCAAUCUGCUUCGGUAUUGCACUGAUCGACACUGCUUUGCUUCCGCUCCUCGGGCAUUUAGUGGACACGCGUUACGUUAGCGUCUACGGGUCGAUCUACGCCAUUGCCGAUAUUUCAUAUUCAAUGGCCUAUGCUUUUGGACCGAUGAUCGCCGGUUCUAUUGUCAGUAGCAUUGGAUUUGUCGGCCUAAACAUGAUAAUUGCAGUCUCUAACUUGCUCUACUGCCCGCUCAUCUUCACGUUAAAGAACGUUCAUCACUACAAGCCUUUCGAAGAAGACCAGCAAAUCAAAGUCAACACGGGCGCACCACCUGGAGGUAGCAUGCAGACGUACACGAUGCAAGACGGGCAGCAAGUUGCUGGAGACGUAAAAAAUCACAUGGAAUUCGCCCGUCUUGCUGCGGACAACCAGAAACCGGAAAAUUACGGUACGUACGAGAGCUACGAGAUGCAACCUGCCGAUGGCGCAGGAGCGUCGGGGGGCGUCAAUGGCAACGUCUCUGACAGAAAUCCCUUCCGGCAACAGCAGAUGGGAAACUUCCAUUACGACCAGUAAAAUUUCACUGACGCAUUUUUCUGGAAGAAUUCGAUGGAUUUGUUAUGGCUCAUCAAUGGACACGACAGGACAAACUUUGCGAGCAAUUUAACGGGCAUCAGCCAAACAUAAAUAAUAUGGAAUAUCUUGAUUAUCCUUCACAUAAACCGAAAAUUAAGACUAAUCAGUUAUUGCGGCUGCCUAAUGGAUUCUCGAUCGAUAUUUAUUAACAUAGCCUUGCAACGAGCAGUUUCCAACGGCUGCAAAACCAAUUUCUCAAAAUAACUUAACUAUUUACACACUGUUUGAAAAACGGUGAAAAACGGUCCCACUGGCGUUCUAGUGGCCGGUCGC